UGUCAACAUGCCAAAUUGAGCAAGAAUGGAUAUUAACCGUCGCUCUAACUUGAGCAAGCUGAUUACUGCUUUGGGAUACAUGCAUCGCCCGUGCUUGUGUUAUGAGGAUGUGAAAGAGCUUCCUCUAAGGGGUCAAGCAGCUACUUAGGGAUUCUCUCUGUCCAUUGGAAUUAGGGCUGAACCUUGUAGCAUCUGGAGGCAUCGAUCAGCCAUCGCCUUACGGAAUUUCGUACAGUUUUCCACUGUCAACUUCAGCAUGUCACCAAAAAGGCGCACCACGGCGCACUUAACAGGUUCUCUCAGAAUGCAUUCCCAAUAUCUUGACUAUUCCACCACAAAAUGGAUCGGUAUCUCGGGCACUGCUGAUAGCCUUGGCCAAAUAUACACGAGUUAGACGCACAUCCUCUAACGCUCAGGGCAACAUUUUAACAGACCAGGUCAACAUGGAUAUCUGACAUCCAGCAAAUCAGAGCGAGAAGUGUUUACCCAUUAGGCCAAUGAGCCUCUAGUUUCGCGACUCAUGCACAGCCGGGGUAACAAUAUCGCUUCGUAUCCAAACCCCUCGUUUCACUCGGCAAAAUUACGGCACCACCGAUACCAGGACAGGCAUUCAGGGCAUGUUUCGUUCCGGUUCCGGGACGCGAAAGAUUUCAGAUAUCAAAAAUCAUGAUGUAUACAAUGGACUCAUGCUCCAUGUCCGAAGAUGGGGUCCGACACUUUCUUGCUGCCAAGACCGCCAAGUGGGCCAACCAAUGCGUCCUCAAUAUCGGCAACCAAGCCUUCUGAAAAGCUUCGCUUCGAAAACAACGAAACGCGCAUGCAGCUAGCGGAUCCUUACCGUUGCUUUGUUGAAACCAAGAUAUGGUUGAUGACACCACUACUUCUGAACGGGGAUUCGACAAUGUUCUGCUCUGUGGUUGGAUCAAUAACGGUGCGUGCGCGAUUCCGCGGACCAGAACCUGAACGAAACACAUGAUAAAUCAAUCAACUCCAGAAUCUUUCUCUCUUGAGAAACUGAGAGGGUUCAAGAGAAAUAACUACACAUCAUCGGGCUACAUUUUAUCUCCAAGUUACUAUUUUCCGUAGGUUCCCUAGUUUCCUAAUAGUCUAGCACGACGUAGAACUCUACUAAAUGAUAUUUCACUUUCCUAACAACGCAAGGGCCGUACCAAACGUAGCAAGAGAAAAUCAUCAUUGUCGCGAUUGGUUCCUGCUGUCAUUAUCGGAAACAGGCACGGUUGUCGUUUUGAUAUCAGAGAUGAUAGCGUAACUGCCUAGAGUGUAACACACUUCAUUCAACCUUAAACCGCAAGGAGAAAACAUAGGUCGACAACUGCAAUGACACAAGUACUUAGACGACGCUCACAGCUGGCACAAGGAAUUAUUGACAAGCUUCCAGAGGAGUGCGUUUGUGGCUAUCAGCGAUACACCUGAAAACCCUUGCGCUAUGCCUUGUCAAACCGCACAUCCAUCUAUUCGUUGUCGGUUAUGAAGUUACCGCCUUGAUUUCAGAAAUGGCUUCGUUUCUAGAUAUGAUCGGCUGCUCCCCGGAGAUCGUUCACUCUCAUUCGUCAGCCGCACUUGGGCAAAUAGGCUGAGAGGUACAGACAAUGACCGCAGGCCCAAGCCCCCAAAAUCUUUCCCCGAUACAGAGACAAAUACAGGGACGCGAAAAUAUGGAUGUUACAUACUUCCGACUUCUGCCCUUUCCCGACCAAAGCUAAUUGACCAUUCGGAGAAACGGAAAGUAAGAGAUCGGUCUAGGAGAACUCUAGAACUAGGAAGCAAGGACAGAAAGAAAAAAAAUAAACAGAUAUUUGCAAUUUUGGCCAUGGUAAUUAUCAUUGCUCGCAUCAACAAAAUGACAAGACGAGAAGAAGUAUCCAAUAGGAAACAUUCACAUGCUCCCAGUCGCCAAUAUCGCCCUCAUUGGUACCCCGUAUCUCAAGGGUAAAUAUUUGGUGAUCUAUGUCUAUCCUCGUUGACCUGCAGCAAGUACCCCAAAACGAGGUGAGGCCAAUCAGGUUGGAAGGAACAGGGGCAAUGCAAAAAGUUAUAAUUGUCCCGCAACAAUCCAGAACUGUAAUUGCACAAAGCUUAAGAUCACUGGUGUUGUCUUAUUUCCAGCCCAAGUCAAGGUUGGUUGCUGCUUGAUGUGGCUAGGGGCUACCCCAAAAAGGUCCGCAUUUUUUGCUUGUCUGAUAUGACAGGCCUGGAAAGGUGCUAGUACAUCUGGGGUACUCCCCACAGCUUCGAUGCAAUCGAAUAAGCAGGGUCCUUGUGUCGUCAAAGAGGGAGGACAAUGUUGCAUGUCGGCUGAGCCCUCCCAACUCACUCGCUGCGGACCUAUUUGAACUCUCCCGUCUCCCUGUUUUCCUUUUUGCCCCAGUUCACUUCCGAACUGAUGAUGGUCCCUCGUUCAGUUCCUUAAAAAUUCUGCCCUAGAAAGCGAACGCAAACGGACCGAGCCUGGCGAGGGUGAAACGUCCCCCAAGCUAACCUUCAAACCAUUGCGACACUCCUUUUUGUUACGCUAGGCGAUUUUACCCACAAUCGCAGCCCGCCAUGUCGAAAGCGGAGGUAACAGAAGGAGGAGCUCCUCCUUAUGGUGAGGUCACAAAGGAAAUGGAUGCCAAGAAGCUGCAGUUCAAUGAAGCUGCUGGCCUCUACGGCGAUGCUGAAACUGCUGAACGCUAUGGUUAUGUCACUCGUGGACUGAAAUCUCGACACAUUCAGUUUAUUGCCCUGGGAGGAUCUAUCGGCACAGGCCUUUUCUUGGGGAUUGGUCGAGCUCACACCCAGGGCGGUCCCCUCAGUAUUCUGCUCGGUUACACCUUCACUGGCGUCGCAAUCUUCGGAAUGAUGAUGUCUCUCGGGGAAAUGGCGACUUGGCUUCCUCUUCCUGGUGCUAUUCCUCACUUCUGCGGACGGUAUGUUGAUGAAGCUAUGGGAUUUGCUGUCGGCUGGAAUACCUGGUACCAAUGCGCAAUUACUGUCUGUGUCGAGAUUGCUGCCGCUGCCCUUCUUAUUGAAUACUGGCCAGGCGCAGAAGGCAUAAACGUCGGGGCAUGGAUCGCCCUAGUCUGGGUUCUCAUUAUGUUCUUGAAUGUCUUUGCCGUAGCGAUCUAUGGUGAGGCAGAGUUCAUCUUUGCCAGUAUCAAGAUUAUCACCAUUGUCGGUCUUCUCAUCCUGUCGCUUAUUAUUGAUCUCGGCGGCGGACCUGAUGGGGACCGUCGAGGCUUCCGUUACUGGAAAAAUCCCGGCGCGAUGAGAGAGUAUGUUGCCACCGGCGAUAAAGGGCGCUUCCUUGGAUUUUUCUCGACGCUUGUGAACGCUGCAUUCUCUUUCGGUGGUGUGGAAAUGGUCGCUUCUGCGGCCGGGGAGGCAGCAAACCCUCGACGAAACAUUCCCAAGGCUGUACGAAGAGUCUUCUGGCGUAUCAUUACCUUCUAUAUCCUGGGAUCCCUGGCUAUCGGAAUGCUGGUUCCUUACGACGAUGAGAAUCUGUUGAAUGCUCAAAACUCAGAUAAAUCGAGCACUGCUGCCGCCUCCCCAUGGGUUAUCGCCAUUAAUCGUGCCAGCAUCCCAGUCCUCCCUUCCAUCAUCAAUGCUGUCAUUUUAACAUCCGCCUCCUCAUCGGGCAAUGCAUUCUUGUAUACCGGUAGUCGCUACCUCUAUGCGUUGGCCCAGAACGGCCAAGCACCGAAAUUCCUUCUCAAAUGCACUAAAUUGGGUGUGCCGAUUUACAGUGUUUUACUCACCGGAUCUGUCGGGCUACUCACGUUCAUGUCCACCAGCACCGGCGCCAACGAUGUAUUCCUCUGGUUCCAAAAUCUGACCACAAUCGCCUCGUUGUUCACCUGGUGUUCCAUCUGUAUCGCCUGCAUUAAAUUCCACCACGCAGUCGAAGCGCAGGGCGUUGAUCGAAGUACAAUGGCUUUCCGUGCCCCCUUCCAACCAUAUCCCGCAUACUUCGCGCUCGCUUUCUUCGUUAUUAUUAUCGUUUUCAAUGGCUUCGAUGCCUUUGCCCCCAAGUUCGAGUUCCAGAACUUCUUCACAGCAUACGUUGGCAUACCAAUCUAUUUCGGACUGUAUCUAUUCUGGAGAAUCUUUAAAAAGACUAAGUUCGUCGACCCCGCGGAGGCGGAUAUUUGGUCAGGAAAAGCUGCUCUUGAUGCUGUUGAGUGGCCCGCAGAUAACCCGCGCAACACUAUCGAGAAGAUAUGGUACUGGAUUGCAUAGAUAGGGAAUAAAGUGAUUUGUGGAGGAAAACCCCCAGCAAGUCAUUGUUCUUUUAUUCCUGAAUGUAGACGGGACAUAGUUUAUGCACCCAUCAUGCCUUUGCCGGCAAAUCCCGUACUCAGGGGUGCAUAUUGACUCUUAAUCUCCGCAUAUACUCAUGUAUAUCUAAUGCAUUCCGCCUCCUUUGUUCGUCUUUCCCUUUCUCCAUCCUCUUUCUAAUUCAGUCAGCAUUAUCUUUUUAAGCACUCUGUCAGUGUAUAUAUCCCAUACCUUGUUUGAACCACCCAUGUCCAACCACAAAGAAUGAUUCAAUUCAUCUCGUCCCAUAUGUACUAUCUGAUAUUCCCAGCCCCUCAUCUUCCGGGUGCGAGUUAAAUCGACGUGGGAUUCCCGGGUUGUACCAUCCGAAGACAGGAAAGGAAUAUACAUGUGCCAUCCUCAAAUAGGGACGCAAGAUGCUUUCGACAACCAUUCCUCAUACCCAACUGGCGUGGCCAAUGUUAAUUGAGCAUCCCAUUGGAACACCCGAACGAUUUUCACGCAGGACGUAGAUAAGAAGGCGAGGCUAGUGUCCCUUUGUAGGGUAUAGUAGCUGCUAAAACAGAGAACGAGAGUCGAUGAUGUUUACUCUGUUAUCAGAUUGUCCUGGAAGGUUGCUGGAAAAGCGAGCAGGCAAAAGGGAAGGGAAAGUAAGGCGAAACGAGCGCCCUCCAACAAUGAUCUAUAUAUAUAUAUGCCGAGAUUCCGUAUAAAAACAUGCGCUACAGGCCUGCGGCGGGGUCAUACGUAUUUGUCUCUUUAGUCCAAACUAGCGAGAUCCACUGAUCCCAACUGCUUUUUCCCUUGGCUUCCAGAUCGGAACUUUCUUCUCAGAGAUGUGUUUAGUUGAUUAGAAAUCUAUGCUUUAAAUUAAG